AUAAACGGCGUACUUCUCCCGGAAAUAGAAAAUAGUACCGAAAAAAUGGCGACCCUGUCAGUAUGCCAGCCCCAGUUCGGAGGUUUCAGUUUCGAAAAUUGCAAGAGAAAUGCUGUUUUGGAGGCAGAGAUGACCAAAUUAGGAUCUAGCACACCAGCGGCCCGCAAAACAGGAACUACCAUCUGUGGUAUUGUGUUUAAGGAUGGGGUUGUUCUGGGAGCGGACACCAGAGCCACAGAGGGCAUGAUUGUGGCAGAUAAGAACUGUUCCAAGAUCCACUACAUUUCCCCCAACAUCUAUUGCUGUGGUGCUGGUACGGCCGCCGACACCGAGAUGACCACCCAGAUCAUCUCCUCCAACCUUGAGCUGCACUCCCUGUCCACGGCCAGGCUGCCUCGUGUGGCCACGGCCAACCGCAUGCUCAAGCAAAUGCUCUUUAGAUACCAGGGCUACAUAGGUGCAGCACUGGUUCUGGGUGGAGUAGACUGCAAUGGCCCUCACCUCUACAGCAUCUACCCCCACGGCUCCACCGAUAAGCUGCCCUACGUCACCAUGGGCUCUGGGUCUCUGGCAGCCAUGGCCGUGUUUGAGGACCGCUACAAGCCUGAUAUGGAGGAGGACGAUGCCAAGCGGCUGGUCCGGGACGCCAUUGCAGCAGGUAUCUUCAACGACUUGGGCUCUGGUAGCAACAUUGACCUGUGCGUCAUCACCAAGGGCAAGGUGGACUACAUCAGGCCUCACGACCAGGCCAACCUGAAGGGCGUCAGAACUGGUAGCUACAAGUACAAGAGAGGAACAACUGGAGUUCUGACAAAGUCUGUGAUCCCCCUGGACCUGGUGGAGGAGACUGUACAGACUAUGGACACUUCUUAAAGCCCUAAUGCGUUCUCCUGUGGUCUUUGUUGUCUCUCCCCUCCCCCCUCUCCUUAGCAGAGCUGUUGUUGCAUGUUUUUCCAUGGUUUACAAUAAAAUAUUUCAGUUUUUCCAGUUUGAAUUCAGUUUGGAUAUGCUUUCAUGGCAAUAAUUGGAUCAAUAAAAUUUGUUUAA